GUCGGCACAACGGCAGAGCCCUCCGACAUGGGACACUCAAUCUCUAACGUCGAGGGGACUUCCACAGAGACUACGGGUGAACGACAACAACUCAAGCGGGAGUUCAAGGAACGCCAUGUCUCCAUGAUCGCCGUCGCCGGCGCCAUUGGGACUGGACUCAUCAUCGGCUCAGGGACGGGCCUCGUCAGAGGCGGGCCCGCGAGCCUGCUGAUCGCGUACACCCUCAUCGGCGCAGUCGUCUUCUUCAUCAUGACGGCUGGGUUUGCUGGAUAUGCUACACGCUUCGUUGAUCCGGCCUUGGGGUAUGCCACUGGAUGGAAUUACUUUUUGAAAUACGCCAUCGUCCUCCCCAAUAACCUCACGGCAGCCGGUAUCAUCAUGCAGUAUUGGAGACCAGACCUCAACGUUGCCAUCACAGCUGUCAAUGUAAGUAUUCCAAACUACCAGACAACGAUUCUCGCGCUGAUAAACCACCAGAUCCUACACGUCUCCUUCUUCGGCGAAGCAGAAUUCUGGAUGUCUGCCGUAAAGCUCCUCGUCAUCAUAACCCUCAUCCUGACCUGCUUCAUAAUCUCCAUGAGCGGCCAACCAUCCCACGAAAUAAUCGGCUUCAAAUACUGGCACAACCCAGGCGCCUUUGGCUCCUACCUCGUCGAAGGACCAACAGGCCGCUUCCUCGGCUUCUGGGCCGCGACAGUCCAGGCCUGCUUCGCCUACACUGGUACUGAAGUCGUCGGCGUCGCUUUUGGCGAGGCACCAAAUCCACGCCGGACGAUCCGCAAGGCCGUGAGACAGACGCUGUGGCGCAUUGUCUUCUUUUACGUGUUGGGGGCGCUGGUGCUGGGGAUGUCGGUGCCGUAUACCAAUGGCAUGCUCAUUGGUGGCACGAAGAAGAGUACCGGUGCUGCGGCGAGUCCGUUCGUCGUUGCUGUGCAGAUUGCGAAUAUCCCGGUGUUUCCGCACGUCGUCAACGGGUGUUUGCUUAUCUUCGUCAUCACGCCGGGGAUGUUCAUGAGGACGUCUGGAAAGGGUGUUCCGUUGUACGGGGUCGCAGCUACGAGUGUCUUUGCGGCUCUGGCUUACAUGAAUGCCGCCAAGAGCUCCUCCCAAGUGUAUGGUUAUCUCGUUAGCCUGGUCACGGUAUUUGGAACCCUUAACUGGGUGAGUGUCCUGACCAGCUACAUCUGCUUCACUAGAGGCAUGAGAGCUCAGGGCACCCCGAGGAGUUUGAUGCCGUAUCGUGGGCCCUUGCAGCCUUAUGGCUCUUACUUUGCUUUAUUUGUGACCAUACUGGUUGUCACUUUCAAUGGUUACAAUGCCUUCAUCCCAAAGUUCACAGUUUCUACUUUCAUGACUUCGUACAUUGGCGUUGCCAUCUAUUUGGUCAAUAUUUUCAGCUACAAAGCGUACGCCAAGACACGGCGGGUGGAGCUACACUCGAUGGAUCUAGUAACAAACAGACUUGAGGAUGAUGGGAGCAAGUAUCUCAGUACACUGGAGAAGGCCGCUUCCUGGGCAGCAGAACGGUUCAGGAGAUAG